GAAGGACCGAGGCCUCCGGACGACGAGGAACCGCCCAGCAUGGCCUCGGAGAGCGGGAAGCUGUGGGGUGGCCGGUUUGUGGGUGCAGUGGACCCCAUCACGGAGAAGUUCAACGCAUCCAUCACCUACGACCGGCAGCUGUGGAAGGUGGAUGUUCAAGGCAGUAAAGCCUACAGCAGGGGCCUGGAGAAGGCAGGGCUCCUCACCAAGGCGGAGAUGGACCAGAUACUCCAUGGCCUAGACGAGGUAGCUGAGGAGUGGGCCCAGGGCACCUUCAAACUCAACCCCAAUGAUGAGGACAUCCACACAGCCAACGAGCGCCGGCUGAAGGAGCUCGUUGGCGAGACCGCAGGGAAGCUGCACGCGGGGCGCAGCCGGGACGACCAGGUGGUCACGGACCUCAGGCUGCGGUUGCGGCGGACCUGCCCCAUGCUCUCGGCUCUCUGGGAGCUCAUCAGGACCAUGGUGGAUCGGGCAGAGGCGGAAUGUGAUGUCCUCUUCCCAGGGUACACCCACCUGCAGAGGGCCCAACCCAUCCGCUGGAGCCACUGGAUUCUGAGCCACGCCGCGGCGCACCGAGACUCAGAGCGGCUGCCGGAGGUGCGGAAGCGGAUCUGUGUCCUGCCCCUGGGGAGCGGGGCCGUUGCAGGCAAUCCCCUGGGUGUGGACCGAGAGCUGCUCCGAGCAGAACUCAGCUUCGGGGCUGUCACUCUCAACAGCAUGGAUGCCACCGGCGAGCGUGACUUUGUGGCCGAGUUCUUGUUCUGGGCUUCGCUGUGUCUGACUCACCUUAGCGGGACGGCUGAGGACCUCAUCCUCUAUGGCACCCAGGAAUUCAGUGUCGUGCAGCUCUCGGAUGCCUACAGCACCAGAAGCAGCCUGAUGCCCCAGAAGAAAAACCCCGACAGCUUGGAGCUGAUCCGGAGCAAGGCUGGGCGUGUGUUUGGGCGGUGUGCCGGGCUCCUGAUGACCCUCAAGGGACUUCCCAGCACCUACAACAAAGACCUACAGGAGGACAAAGAAGCCGUGUUUGAAGUGUCAGACGCCACGAGUGCUGUGCUCCAGGUGGCCACUGGCGUCAUCUCUACGCUGCAGAUUCACCGAGAGAACACGGGACAGGCUCUCAGCCCCGACCUGCUGGCCACUGACCUCGCCUAUUACCUGGUCCGAAAAGGAAUGCCAUUCCGCCAGGCCCAAGAGGCCUCCGCGAAAGCUGUGUUCAUGGCUGAGACCAAGGGGGUCGCCCUCAACCAGCUGUCACUGCAGGAGCUGCAGAUCAUCAGCCCCCUGUUCUUGAGUGACGUGAACCGCGUGUGGGACCACGGGCACAGUGUGCAGCAGUACGGUGUCCUGGGCGGCAUUGCGCGCUCCAGCAUCGACUGGCAGAUCCGCCAGGUGCGGGCACUCCUGCGGGCACUCUUGCGGGCACAGCAGGCCUAGGUUCUUCUGCCCCUGCUCCCAAAUAAAGUGAGCAUGAGAGAAAAAAAAAAAAAAAA